AUGAAAUCGAAAUCAAUUGAAUAUAUUGGUGAUUUCAAAGGAAUAAAAGGUGAUUACCAUAUAUCAGUUUGUUAUGAUGGUCAAGAUCAUAUCUAUUUAGUGAAUGGUUAUAAUAUAAAGAAUAGAAUUGAUCGAUUCAACAUCAAGACAAUGAAAUUUGAAUCAUACUAUCAAUUAGAAAUUGGAUAUAAUAUGCAAGUAUCAUCAAUGAUCUUCAAAGGUUCAUUAUAUUCAGUAUCAUACGAUCAAAAUAAGCUAUUUCAAUUCGAUUUAACAAACAGAACGAUAACAGAUCACCAAAUUGAUAUUUCACCAUGGUCAGCAUGUCAUGAUAAGAAUGGAAAUUUCUUCAUAUUAGAUUCAACAAACAAUCAAUUCAUCAAAUACAAUGUUGAAACCAAACAAACAAUCAAUCUCAAUGCAAUUCCUCUAACAAAUUUACAGUUUUCUAAUUUGAUGUAUCAUCGAGAAUCACCAACAUCAAGUUAUAUCUAUUCAUUCGGUGAAUUUAAUGAAUGUAAUUUCAAAUAUUCAAUCGAAUCCAAUCAAUGUGAACCAUUCUUUAGAGAUAUUAUUAAAAAAAAUAGAGAGUGGUGUGCAUCUACAUCAAUUACCAUCUAA